UUUUACGUCAGAUGAAAGCAAAGGCUUGGCGGCGGUGCACUCUUCGGACAUGGGGUCGUCUGUGUCCCAACACGUCGAGUAUGCCAGGCCUCCCCCCGCGAUCCCACCUGCGAAACCCGCCGCGCCAGCUUCCGUCGCACAGGAUUCCUCUUCUCAAAACUGCCAGAGCUGUCGCUGGCUUUCUGGGUCUGCGCUUUUCGGGGCUGGUGUCUACGUCUACCUGCUGGGCCGGAGGCCCUUGAAGCGGGGAUUCCCAGUGCAACCAGGCUCCGUAGCGCAGAUGGUCCUCGGCAUCUCUCUCGCUUGUUUGGGUGUAGUUGUCCUGGUGGACCCCAAGAAAUCCCACCAAGUUUGAAAGUACCAGCAAUUAAUUGUUGUAUCCUGUCUCUGGCUGCGCAGCUAAAAGAGCAAGCAUUGUGUUGGUGGAUAUUCUUUGCAGACGUGGACACAGAUGCCUUUCAUUAUAGAACAUGUCAAGAAGACUGACAACAUGAGCUGUCAUUCUUUGGUCAUGGAUGUUUACAGCUUUCCCCCCUCAGGUUAUCAAAGGACAAAUAAAUCCCUUGGAAGCAAAAA